AUGGACGCUCCAGGCCGUGCAGAGCAUGAGCGUGAAAAUGGCAAAGUGCAUGUAAACGCGACAAACAUCUCCGUGGUAUCCUCGCCGAUCGAGAGUGAACCUGUGCUAGAUAUUAUAUUUGUUCACGGUUUGCAGGGCCACCCCUUUCAUACGUGGGCAGCGAAACCUCAGGCACCUGAACCGACCAAGAAGACCAGCCGAGUUCGACGUCUCUUUCGAACAUCUGCCUCGUCGAGCGCGACAACUGAUCACGAUGCCCAAAAUGGCUUUUUCUGGCCUCGAGACGCGUUGCCAACGUACUGUCCGCACGCACGUAUCCUGACAUGGGGAUACGAUAGCAAUGUUACCGGGGUCGGGAAUACGGUCAAUCGAAACUCGUUGUAUGAACAUGGGCAAGAUCUGAUCUUCACGCUGAAGCGAAACUUGGUCUCAAAGCGUCCGAUCAUCUUUGUCACGCACUCGCUCGGAGGGAUCAUCAUCAAAGAUGCGUUGUCAUUUUCCAAUGGCUCGAACGACCCUGAGACCAAGUCGGUGGUUCAAAACACCGCUGCCAUUGUGUUCCUAGGAACACCACACCGUGGCAGUCAGUGGGCUGCAUUAGGCGAAACGGCAAGAAGAAUAGUCGCUGCAGUCGGCAUGGAUACUAACCACAAGAUUUUGGACUCACUUGGAUUGCAAACUUCCGAAUUGAAUCGGGUUCAGACUUCCUUCUCGAACGUUUGGAAUACAUACGGAUUCAGAGUCAAGACUUUUCAAGAAGGGUUGGGCUUCAAGCCUACCUCUGUCUUCGGUAUGAACAAAAAGAUCGUUGAUAAUAUUUCUUCUGCACUAGGCGAUGCCCGCGAGGAGUCCGAGACUUUGCAAGCCAGUCAUACAGAAAUGUGUCGUUUCUCGGAUGGAAAUGACCAAAAUGCAGUCAAGGUUCUUGACGAGCUUCGCAUAAUAUACAAUUGGGUCCUCGGUAUCUGGAAGCCGCAGCACAUUCCAAACGCACCCCUUGGCGAUUUAGCGCAUGACACUCCUCCGACCCAGGAGCCACAUCCAGUGUCCGAUGAGCAAAUUCCUUUAAGAAGAGAUAAAGACUACUUGCUCGCCGCGUCGUUCGAUUCUUUCAAGUUCCCGGGCAUAGUACCCAACAUUGCCAUCUCCACCUACAAGUCUUCCAGCCUUGCGACCAUAGAAAAAUUAUGGUCCAGUCAUUUAAGCCCGGAGAACAAUUCUGAGGUGCCUCGUCGUCUUCUUUGGAUCAAAGGCAGCCUGGGCUCCGGCAAGUCAACGGUGAUGAGAGAAGCAUUCCUCCAACGCAGUGCCAGGGGACACUAUACCGCAGCUUUCUUUUGUGAUGCAUCAGCAAAAGAAGAUCUCUUGCGCAGUGCAUCUGGUAUGUUCCGGUCUUUACUCUACCAACUACUUCCGCUUUGCUUUAGUGGUGACCUGAGACACGAUAAUCUGGUCAAUAUACUUGAAACAAAAUUCGACAGGGCCAAAGUUGCGAGGGUGGAAAUUGAGUGGGAACUUAAAGAGCUCGAGCAGCUUCUUAAGACCAUCAUCGGGCAAAAUUUGGAUCGUGACAUCGUGCUUUUCAUUGAUGCACUUGAUCAAUAUUCCGAAGAAGAUCGCAUCUUUCUUAUUGACUGCCUGGAAGAUUUAUCCAGCAAAGACUAUCAAUUCAAUUCAAAAGUACAAAUCUGGGUCUCCAGCCGAGAUCAAGUUUUGACUGUACCGGAAGAUUGUCUAUCAAUUCAGAUUGAAAGCGUGAACUGGGAGGAUAUCAACGAAUACGUUGAUGAGAAGUUGAAACUUUACCCAAAGAGGAACCUGGAUGAGUUCGACAAGUUCAAAAUGCAACUAAAAACAAAAUCGUCAGGGAACUUUUUAUGGGUAGUUCUUGUCGCUGAUAUUAUACGCCGAAGAAUCCAUCGCGCGCAAUAUAAUAUCAAAUCUCUGGAAACUCAAUUAGGCGAGCUACCAGAGCAAUUCUACGAGCUUUAUCACACUAUGCUCAAAGAAGCUCGGGGGGAUCAUUCCAUUCGUCUCAAAUUCUUCCAGUGGGCAGUCCUUAGCGAAGACUUGAGCCUGGAACAUUGGCAACACAUAUUGCCACUGCUGGACCAACCCAUUCCUCACUCAUUUCAGGGGUGUAGAAAUUCAAAGUUUUGGGAGGAACACUGCACCAACGUUGGAGACCAUAUAUCUCACCUGUCCCUGGGGCUUUUCCGAGCUUCUUUGCCCUUGGACAACAAUGCACUCUCCAUGAACUUUGAGUACGAGAAGUCCAUCGACGGUGCAGCUGGUUCUAUGGACUCUCGCUCAGGUAAUAGCAGAACGGUGCGCCCCGUCCACGAAUCUGUGAAAACAUUUUUCACACAGCACAAUGGAUUUAGAGCUUUAACGGAGGCCGGGCAACCUUGCAGUCUUUCUGAUGGCUACACCACUAUCCUCCACACCUGCCUUGAUUUCAUUUCCUUGAAAGACUUUGAUGGUCUUGUGAAGUUUCGGCAGCUAGCAUAUUCCACCGAUCAAGCCAGCUCGUCGUCAACCAAUUCCCUUUAUGAAGGAUAUCAUGGAAGUCCCAGAUCACAAAGUAUUGCAAGUUUCAGCUCUGCUGGUUCGAGAAGUCACAGCUGGGAUUCUGCUUGGUCGGACACUUCCUCUGCGGACGAAGCUGUAAGUCUUGAGGCAAACCCUCAAUCGCAGUCGUUGAUUCUUCGGGACAACCUGCUACCAACGUCCAAUGGUGAAGGAGAGGUGACCUCGCUGGACGAAAUGAUCAAUUUUCGUCUUGAACACCUCUCGUCCCUUGAGCUGUGCGAUCCCUCUGAUUCAGAUGUUGCUUCAUCGAACACCAGCAUUAUUUCUGAAAACCCUGAGCAAUCUACGACAGCGCAGCAAGUUGGCACCGUAUUCCUGACUUAUGUCACUUCAAAUUUCCUUGGUUUUUGUCAAGCCUUAGACCUGCGUGGCUAUACUCCUGAAAUUAUCAUCGACAGGCUCCAGAAUGAACGUUUCUGGAAUCGGUGGCUUUGCCUCAAUGAAACCGAUCCGUCAACAUUGAAGCUCUUCCAAUGGACGGAAAUUGAGCAACUGCACACGUGGAUGGCCUAUUUGUCCACCACCACGAAGGCAUCCACGUACGUCAUCCCGGCAAGGAAUUGUGAAAGCCUAAGAAACCCUGGUGAAUGGAAGAGUGAAAGAAUUUCGUUGCGAUACUGUUUGGAUCUUGGGCAUCGCUUCAUACCACAUAUCGCUGAAGAUUCCGGCGGUCAGCUGAAUGGGAGUCGCCCAGACAGGAAUCACUUGACCGUCAAUGAUCCACUGGCCAGAGUUCAAGAACAGUUGAUAUUUGAACUGGACAAAAAUCCUUUAACCGAGAAGGAAUUCAUGCCUUUCCAAAAACUUCGGCAUAUUUUGACACCAAACGUCAUCCAAGAGGUCUUGGGAUCUCUAAGAACAAUCCCAGUGACUUCAGAUGACGUAGCAAUCAUCUACAGAUCCUUCCUGAGGAUAUUUUCGAUUCUCAUUCUAGUAUGCGAAGCUGCAGAAAUUCGAAUAUUCCUAGACAAAAACAUAGAUGAUGACUGCCUACCCCUGACCUUCGAGACUGACUACGACACACCCCACCGGGAUAAGACUAUCAUAUCCCUUAAAACCGGUAAUCGUUUUCCUCUUACGACAGGAAAUUUGCAUUGGAGCCGUUCGAACGAGAAUUCGUUUCUUAGACUUCAAUAUACCUUCUUAGUCCCCUUCCUCGCUCGUCAAACAGACGGUUUUUAUCACUAUAAGAUCCCUUCAGCUGAAGUAGAACUGCCUAUAGUAAAAGCAUUACCUUGGAGGGUCUCGUUGGGAUCUCAGAUAUACAAAGUUCGAUUCAGUUCCUAUUCUACAGAUUUCUCGACUUCACAAAAUGAAUCCGAAGAAUGGUUUUUACUGUAUAGGGCCUAUGCAAGAUCAUGGUCACGCCCAGCAUAUGAUUGGAAGAGUUUUCUUUCCAAAGUCUACACUUCGCAGUACUUGAAACGCGACAAACGUUACAACUCCAACAUUCUCGAGGUCCUUUGUAGCGUCGAGCAGCCGAUUCAAGGAUCAGACCGCCCUGCAUACACCAUCAUAUCUCCAUGUCCAGAAGGAGAUCUCUGGAGUCUUUUCGAUUGUGAGUCUCGAGACAAUGGCUAUGAUUUAGAAUGGCUAGGAACGCAAUUUUGCAAUAUGGCCAAGGCACUGGCGGCAGUCCACAUCGUCUCGAAAUUAAGCAACCCCCUACUCCCUCGCCUCAAGUACUUGCGACAAGAUCAUUUACAGCAUGACAACUUCCUUUGGUUUCGCCGCCAUGGUCAAUCUCCAGGAUAUCUUAUCCUGUCCAAUUUGACAGAUGGUUCGGAUAUCUCCCCACUAGCGCCUGAAUGCCAAAAGCAACGUUGGUUGCCAAGAAGGGCCAGAAAAGGUAAUCUAGGCAAGGCUGCUCAUGUAUGGAGCUUGGGCGCAAUUUGGCUUGACAUGAUCACUUGGUAUUUGAAAGGACGGGGUGGAGUUCUGGAGUUCCGAGAGAGACGUGAGAAGGAAUCUAAUGGCUUCUAUCAUCGAAGGGCCGAACCGAUCGAAGACAAACAAAUGAUGGUUUCCCCGGCUAUCUUGUCACUCAUUCAGGACCUCAAGUCAGUGAAGGGUUGUCCUCUAUAUAUUUCCUCAGUGUUGGAUAUCAUAGAAUACGGAAUGCUUGUGGUCGAUCGGCGGCAACGUGUAUCAGCUCAGGAGCUUGUGGAUAUCCUUGACCUGUCAACCUCCAUCUAUGAACUGUAA